CGACAAGCCACCAUCUUUGAAGCGCUUCUAGCGUCCGGAUGUCAUCUCAUGGGGACAGGGGGCGCGCCACUGAGGGUAAAUGCACGUGUUCUGCAGCCACCAGCGCAGGCGGUACUCGCAUACUGCCGGCCGCCCGUCAGAUUGCCUUCUGGACCUUGUUGUCAUGGGCCAAGCCCUGCCCAGCGUGUUGGUGCUUUGUACCUGCGGCGUCGUCUUGGAUCCUCGGUGUAUUUCUCUUCUGGGCCCUUGUUAGUUCACUUACCACCUCCCUCCCAACUAUCCUUCAAAAGCGACGCUUUCCCGACUCCACGACUUUCACACCCUGCUCUGCGAUCUUGGAAUCUUCCUCUGGUCCGUUUUCCUAGGCCAUAGACCUUGUGAGUGGGUACUCGACAGCUCUGCGAAGGGAGAGACGACAUUCUUCCAAGCCCGAGCUUGAGGGCCUCGCAGCAACAUCGACCGCCGUCCACCGACGUUUGCGCCGUCUCCCGAGUGGGACAUGCCAUCUCACCAUUCUUGACACAACCUUUUCGCUUUCCCAAUGAGUGCCUUAACAAGCCUAGAUUCCCGACAACGCCUGGUACCUCCGGAUAGCCCGCCUGAGCUGGCGAGCCCCGGUGCAACAUCUAUCUCCUCCCGGUCAUCACCUUCUACAGAGCAGGCCUGGGCUUCUCACGCCUCAGCCUCCCUUCCGAUGGCCAACUAUGACAAGGGGCCGGCUGGCGAUGUCUCGGCAGGAGCUGCUGUAUCGGAGAAGGGCCAGGAUCGGAGAGAUUCAGCGGGCCAGGGUGCUCCGCGCCAGCAGCUUCCGUCCUUGAGCAGCCUCUUUGGACCACCGUCCUCCUUGCGAUCGCUUCGCACGCCGACCGACCGUGACGGCGCCUACCCGUCACACUCUCCUCUCGACAGGCCUCGGGCCUCACCUGGUAUUGCCAGCGGCAGUCUCAACUCGUACUUCCCCGCAACUUCGUCGCCCCCCGUUUCGCAGCCCCGCAGCACCUACGAUGUAAGGUAUGAUGCGGAGAGGCAAGGCUUGCAUUCGCUUGCUCGAACGUUUUCCACACCACGCUCGCCAAACUAUCGCGAUCAUGCGCGUUCCGACGUUGAUGGUAGGAAGUGGUCGAUCACCCAUGACGCGGGCAGACAUGAGUACUCCCUGGGAUCACGCGAUGUGUCGUUCCGAUCUCCUGGCGACCUAGCGCGGGGACACUUUCCUGCAUCGAAGGAGUCUGGGCUCGAAUUUUCCGAGUCGAGGACCAUUCACAGCAGCUCGAAUCCGCCGCCCACUCCGAGCAGCACCGUGACGUCGGAGGGCAUGCCAUCGAAGGAUGGGCUAGGCCCUAAGAUCUGGACUGGAACCCAUUUUCUUCCACGUUUCGUCCGAGCGGCAGAAGUGCCAGGCGAGGGCUUGUGCUAUUUUUAUGACGAUGGCAGCCACUGCAAGACGGUUAUCGACGGUGAAGCUGUGAACGCUCACUGGGGAGUGACCAAGGCUGGGAAGCCCCGCAAGAGGUUGGCGAUCGCCUGCGUCACCUGCCGAGAAAAGAAGAUCAAGUGCGAUCCCGACUAUCCACGAUGUGUUCAAUGUGAGAAGUUUGGACGAGUCUGCAAGUUCAAGAACGCACCGAGGGGUGGACACAACACAUCUCCGUCGACACCUCCCGCUGAGCUUGACGAUGCGCACAGGCUUAGUGGGCGCUCACGGCACCAUGACGGAAGGAUAUCCGAGAGUGAAUCCAGCCCCCCUGUAUCCCCUCGAGCAGAGAAUACUCCGGAUGGUGGCUAUAACAAGCGCCUUAAGAUUGGUCCCGAGUCGUACGUCCCGAACGGCGAGCCCCUCAUGGCCUCGUCCCGGCCCCUAGAUCACUCGAAGGCGGCACCGCAAGCGCUGCAUCGGCCUCCUCCGGAGCUUCUACCGCGAAUUCCCGACGAAGUCCUCGCCCGUGCUUGGAGCACGGAUCCUUACGGGUCCGAUCCCGAAUCCAUUAGUGCCGUGCUCACUCAGUUCUUUGGGCAAGUCGACAACACCAUGAUUAUGCGAUUCUUCCCUGAGAAGAUCUUCCGAACCUGGGUUUGCUGCCCUCCUCGCGAGAAGACUGCCGAGGACCUAAUGGUCCUGUAUAGCGUGUUGGCCAUUGGUGUCACACUUUCGGGCGGUCCAAAGCACAUCGCCUAUGAGUACGCACAGGUGGCAUACUUUGCACAGAAAACGACGACUACUGCGUGUCUACAGCUCGUCCAAAGCCGAAUACUUCUCGCGGUGUAUCACAUCUCGACGUCACGGCCCCGUGAAGCUGCCGAGCUCAUCUCGUCUGCUGCGGCGACGGCAGCGUGUUUGCAGCUCAACCGUGAGCUGGAGAAGCCGAGGGACGAGUUGUUGUCGACCUAUCCUUUUGGAAUGAACGGGAUCGGCUACCGCGAGGCUCGACGCCGGACUAUGUGGUCGUUAUUCAUGUUGGAACGGCUGAACACGCUGCUCCCCGAUCGUCCGAUCAUGAUACACGCCGAGGAUAUAUAUGUCCGGUUACCAGUCGAUUCUGAGAGCUUUGAGAAGCAGGUUGAGGCCGUAGUGCCAAUGUUCGACCCGGACGAGUCGAUCGUUUCCAAGCUUGCAGAAAGGUCGUCGGAGAUCACGGGCUAUCUUGUCGAGAUGUCGCACAUUUGGUCCACCUCUCAGGCGGCUAUUUCCCGGCUCGCGAGUCGGACUGCAGCGUCAGAAGCAGACCUGGCUAGGUCCCAAAUGAUCUUCCGGAGGGCUCGAGAAUGGAACAAUUCGCUGCCCUCUAGGCUGAUGUUUGGCGGCUCGAAUCUAGAGUCGGCAGCAUUUUCCGGAAAAGUGGGAUCCUUCCUGACCAUGCACCUUCUGUAUCACCACACGGUGAUGGGAUUGAACCGUUACCACCUUGGAGCCGCUCGCCUCCCGGCCGACAGUCGAACCAAAUACCUUCAAGAGUGCCGGGAGCAUGCCACAGCCAUCCUCGACAUGACCAACUGUCUCGACCGCAUUCUUCGUGUUCGACCGACGAUCUUGAGCACUCCGCCACCCGCCAUGUCUAUGGCCAUAACUGUGGCAGUAGACGUCCUGACGGCGAGCGGUUCCAUGGCGUCUAUCAACGAACUGAUUCAAAGUAUCCGGGUGGCCAAGACUGCUGUCGACAGCAUGGCCAAGGUCUGGGAACACUCGCUUGUCGCUAAGGAGGCCAUCGAUCAGAGGUUGCAGAAGUUGACGCAAAUCUACCACAACCAGGGCUCGCGGCCGAGCAGCCCGACGGAGGGAUAUCGGGUGGUGCACAGCGGCGAGGAGCCUCUCGACCCGAGGCGGCUCGAGUGGCUCAUCCCGGAGCCCAUUGAGAAACCUUAUCCCAUGGAUAUGGACAUCGUAUAUUCCACGCUUGCUUGAGCAUGUAUAUAUAGCUUCCGCAACAAGCGUCCGAUGCUUGCGGAGGUUUGUGUUUGGAUUAUGUUUUUUCCUUGUCUUGCCUGGAUAUCAUUGUCAAUGCAUGGCUUGGCGUUUUGACGGCCCUGGCAUGAACAGCUGGGCUCAAUCGGAGGCCUCUUGUUUCUUUCCUUUCCAAAGCAUGAAUUGUACGAACCAGAGAGACGUCAGGACAUCAUGGAUGGACGCGAAAUGAUCUUUUCUCUUUCUUUCCCGCGGUUAUGUCAUGAAGUAGGAGGACGCAGGAGUGGGGGAUCGAGAACUUAUGCAGCUCGUUUGGGCAGUUGUCGUUCAAUGGUGACACUGAGACAAGGCCGUACUCCGUAGAAGAGGGGCCAUUAAGCCGGGCGGCGAUCGCCUCGACAAAAGGGAACAGAAAUGAUUAUUCUCUGCGAAGGAAGACUGCCGUGACAGAUUUCAGUCGAAGCCUUGUAAGUCGAGGAAGUCGGACCACGGUAUCACUGUGGCUGUUGUUUCAUCGCCC